AUUCACCCCUCUUCGAAAGUCCGCCCAGGACCCUUUUUGACCUCGCGAUCAUGGCCGGCGACCGCUCCGCGCGUCAGGAAACAUCCCACAUGAGCUCAGGCACCCCGUCGAGCACGAAGAAGUCCCACAAGAGGAAGAGAGACCUUGAUGGCUCCACCGUCGCUACCUCGACACCCACGCCGACCAAGAAAUCCAAGAAAGAUCCGAGUGCUGCAGCCGACUCCACCCCGUCCUCAGACGUCCGCAAGAAGAGAAAGCGAUCCACGAGGGCGGUCGACGGUGCUGUUCCGGAAGAAUCGGCCCCGAAGGAGAGUGCUGUCUCGACGCUCCGCAGCGAAGCAUCUUCUCCAAGCAAGGACGCUAAAGACAAGAAGAAAUCGAAGCACUCGAAGCGACGAACAUCAGAAACUGCUGUUGAAUCGGCUGAGGAACCUGCGAAUCUAGAAGAUGUCAAGCAGAAGAGCGCCAAGGACUCGAAGAAGUCUGCCCGAGCUUCAGAGUCUACUCAGGCGGAUGACGACACAAAACCGAAGGACAAGUUUGCGGGCAUCAGGUCGAAGUUCGAAAAGUCAAUGAAAGCGAGAGAGCUGGAAAAAGCACGCAAGAAGGAUACAGAUGAAGACGACUCUACAGGACUGUUGACGGCCGAGCCAGUUGUCGCGCAAGGCUUGGAGCCUCUACCACAGCCUGAGCAAGUCCCCGAGGUGUUUGAGAAGCCUACAUACUCGUCGCUUCCGGCCUGGCUGGCCAAUCCCCUGCGGACCUCGGCGACCGAGAAGACGAAGUUCUCUGAAUUGGGAAUUAAUGCGAACCUGCUGCGGGUAUUGGAGGAUAACGGCUACAAGGAAGCGUUUGCUGUGCAGUCGACGGUCAUCCCCCUGCUACUCCAGGGCCCUAAGAACCACGCCGGCGAUGUCUGUGUUUCUGCAGCCACCGGUUCCGGAAAGACCCUAUCCUACGUUCUACCGCUCGUCACCGCGCUUGAGCAGAUCCCUGCCCCUAGGCUGCGGGGUCUCAUUGUCGUGCCAACCCGAGAAUUGGUGAAGCAGGCCCGCGAGGCGUGUGAGCUGUGUGUUGCUGGCUCCGGCCUGCGGGUGGGAUCGGCUGUGGGUAAUGUAGCCAUCAAGGACGAACAGCGCUCGUUGAUGCGCAUUGACCAGGUGUACGGGCCCGCGUCGUUCCAGCGCCGCCAGAAUGUGAAAAUGUCUGGGGACGACUGGACCAACUUCAACUUGCAGGAUUAUAUCGCCGACGCGGUGGAUUCCAGCGAGGCUCUACCGGGGUACGUGCACCGUCCGGAACCGAACGUUGACAUUCUCAUCUGUACCCCGGGUCGCCUUGUCGACCACAUCCGCUACACAAAAGGCUUUACGCUGAAGCACCUGGAAUGGCUCGUGAUCGACGAGGCUGAUCGGUUGCUCAACGAGAGCUUCCAAGAAUGGGUUGACGUGGUCAUGAACUCGCUGGAUGCGCGCCGAUCCCCCGAGGCGUUUGGCUUCAGCGGGACUUUCCUGUCGGAGCUGGGCCUCCCGAUUCAUAGUAGGGAGCCAAGGAAGGUGGUUCUGAGUGCGACCAUGACCCGGGACGUGACGAAGUUGAAUUCUCUCCGACUCGCCAACCCCAAGCUUGUCAUUGUGGGUUCCACCGAAACCGCCGCCGUCGGCGACGACGAGAGUGGCGUGAUCGCCGGCGCCGACGAGCAGUUCACCCUGCCGCCGACCUUGCAGGAGCACUCAAUCUCGGUGGGCGAUGGGUCCCUGAAGCCACUCUACCUGCUGCGCCUUCUCCUCUCCCACAUUCAAAUCAACGGCAUCAAACAAGCGGCCAAGGCCUCCGAUUCGGACACUUCGGACGAUACCUCGUCAGACGACACAUCCUCCGAUGAAACCUCCUCGGACGAGUCCAGCUCGGACGAUUCGGAUUCGGAUUCGGACUCAGACUCGGACACAUCCAGCUCAGGCUCGGACUCCGAAUCAGACGACACCUCCGACAGCGAGUCUGAUUCUUCCGACAGCGACAGCUCCUCCUCCUCCACCUCCUCCACCUCCUCCCGAACCAAACUCACCCGCCCCCGCCCCUCCACAUCCUCCAGCACAAACAAAAACACCCCGACCGUCCUCAUCUUCACCAAAUCCUCCGAAUCCGCCUCGCGCCUCGCGCGCCUUCUCGCGCUACUAGACCCGACCCUCGCGUCGCGCACGGGCACGAUCAUCAAGUCCAACAAAUCCUCAGCUUCGCGCAAGACCCUGACCGCCUACCGCCGCGGCAAGCUCGCGAUCAUCAUCGCGACGGACCGCGCCUCGCGCGGCCUCGACCUGCCCCGGCUGACGCACGUGGUCAACUACGACGUGCCGACCAGCGUGACGACCUACGUGCACCGCGUGGGCCGCACGGCGCGCGCCGGCCAGGCCGGUGCGGCCUGGACACUCGUCGCCCACCGCGAGGGCAAGUGGUUCGCGCAGCAGAUCGGCGGCGCCGCGGACGGGCCGAUCGUGCGCGUCGGGGCUGACGGUGGUGACCGCCCGCAGAAGGUGCAUAGGGUGGCUGUUAGUCUGGAGGGGAUGAAGGAGGCGCGCGCGCGGUAUGCGGAGGCGUUGGAUGUGUUGGAGCGGGAGGUGCGGAGCGGGGGGAAAGAGAAGGAGAAGGAGAAGGAGAAGCGGUAGGUCUGUCUAGUAUUUAGGGGUGUUGUCAUUACUAGGACAGGUGAGGCAGAUCGGUAGGGUGAGCUUAUGGGCUUUUUAUUUCCCCCCCCCCUUCCCCUCCCGGAGUAUGUUAUCGAAUAUAGACCAAAAGUUGCACGGAGGGCGUUUACUUUUCUGUUCAUUAUUAUCAUCUUUUACUAGUGCCUGGGGAGGGGUGUGUACUGUACAUAGCGUGUUAUUCUUGCUUGCUUGCUGGCUUGCCUGCUCUCAGAGAAAGGAAACGAUUCCAAAUCCCGAAUGUCUAACUUUUGCA